AUGGUGCAGGGGGUCGGCCAGGUUGACGCCGGGUAUUACACUUGUGAGGUCAGGAACCCCGAUAACACAGUGCGGAGCGAGGCGGUCAUUGUGACCGUGAUCUAUGGUCUGGACACUGUCCACAUCGACCCGCCGGGGCCCCUGUUCCUGCCCCUCGGUGACAGGGUGACCCUGACGUGUGUGGCCGAUUCACUCCCAGUCCCGUGGUUCCACUGGUCCCAGAACAGCUCCAUCCUGGUCCUGGCCCCGACUGGUGCCAUCCUGAGCCUGGUGCUGGCAGGCAUGGAGCAGACAGGCAUGUUCAAGUGCUGCUCCACCAGUCCCAAAACCAGUCACAGCACCACCGGCUACAUCUCCAUCGCCCUGGGGUUGGGGCAGGAGGGACUUGCUAUCAGAGGAGGACCCUGCGGGGCAGCAAGGAGCGUCCCCCCAGUGUAUGAGAAUGAGCCCCCCAGCCCGAGUGGGGGCAGUGAUGCUGCAGCCCAGGACCUGUACCAGGAGCUGUGGACCUGAGUGAGGACCCCUCUGCCCCAGUACAUGCUGGGAGCCCUGGUGCACUUGACACCCCCACACACACUGUAGCCAAAUAAAGCCCAGCUGGUUUGCUGCCUCCCUGGGCCCCGAUCCUGUGUUCAGGCCCUCCAGGGGCCAAAAGUCAGGGAUGGGUGUCCCCUUUCCCAUGACUUUGGUGCCUCGGAAACAGUGCGUCAAGGUCCAGAGGUCAUCUCUGCCCCCUUCCCUCCCCGCCAAGAGCCCAGA